AGGUCCUGACAGGGCUUUCACCGAAGAAGUUUUGCAAACACGGUUAAUGGACCGUCUCUGUUUGCUAGCUAACAUUUUAUUAACAGGCUACUUUGUUAUAGCUGAGCUUUUUACAGGUUACAUUUGAUGUUUCUGUCAAGGAAAGAGCUUAUUUUACAAUGUCAGUCUUUAGAAUGAACCACACGAGAAACAGCCAGUUCGUUUGAUAUUAGUCACUUAAAAUUAUGCUCCCAUCAAUUUAUAAUGGGAUAAGGAGAGCUGCUUUCCACACACUAAGGACAAGGGGAUCUCAGCCUUGCAGAGUCCAGUCCACCUUUGAUGGACUCCCAGCUGGCCUGGCUGAUGCCGAAACCAUCUUUGCCUUGUCUUCAGGCCAUGGCAGGUGUGGGGUGGCUGUGGUACGAGUCAGCGGUCCAGCCUCAGCUACAGCUCUGAGGUGUAUGGCUGGGCUAACUCGCAGCCCGCCUCCUCCACGCACCGCCCUGUUACGCAGCAUCACAGACCCUCAGUCCAAGGAAGUACUGGACCGCGGACUUGUCCUCUGGUUUCCAGCUCCUCACAGUUUCACAGGAGAGGACAGUGUGGAGUUCCACAUCCACGGCGGUCCAGCUGUCAUCACUGCUGUGUUACAGGCUCUAGGAAGCGUGCCUGGCAUGAGGCCUGCUGAAGCCGGAGAGUUCACGCGGAGAGCCUUUGUUGCAGGGAAGCUGGGUUUAACAGAGGUGGAGGGUCUUGGGGAUCUGAUCCACGCUGAGACGGAGGCUCAGAGGAGACAGGCACUCAGGCAGAUGUCAGGAGAGCUGGGACAUCUCUAUCAGGACUGGAGUCACAGACUCAAACGGUGUCUGGCUCAUGUUGAGGCCUUCAUAGACUUCAGUGAGGACGAGCUUAUUGAGGACGGGGUCUUAAACCAAGUGGACGGAUCAGUUCGUGAUCUGCAGGCAGAGAUAGAGAAACACCUGAAGGAUGAGAGGAGGGGCGAGCGGCUACGCAGCGGAGUCCAGGUGGUGAUCGCUGGAGCCACCAAUGCAGGGAAAAGUAGCCUCCUUAACACUCUCUGCCAAAGACCUGCAGCCAUUGUGUCUCCCAUUGCUGGCACCACCAGGGACGUAGUAGAGACAGCGCUGGACAUCGGUGGAUUCCCCGUCCUCCUGAGUGACACAGCCGGCCUCAGAGAGAGCCCAGACCUGGUGGAGAGGGAGGGGGUCCGCAGAGCUCGGGAAAGAGUGGAGCAUGCAGAUCUGACUCUGGUGGUUGUGGACUGCUCUAAUCUUCCAGCUGAAACAACGCAAGCUGCAGCCUUCCUUCAGGAUCACCUCAGGACUCUCCUGCCCACUCAGGAGCAGCCGGGUACCGGUGACAUCUCCUCACCUUUCUUUUUUCCCACAGACAGGUUUCUCCUGGUGCUGAAUAAAACGGACCUGCUGCCUGAGGAGCAGAGGCAGAAGCUGGACAGAGAGCUGAGACAGGUCUCUGGGCUGCCUCCUGUUUGUCUGAUCUCCUGCCACAGUAAUGACGGACUGCAGGACUUCAUCACAGCGCUGCACAGCAGGGUCAAAACUCUGUGUGGAGAUCCUCUGUCCGGUGCCCCUACCCUGACCCAGGCCCGUCACAGGGCCCACCUGCAGCAGUGUUAUGCAGCGCUGGCCCAAUACCAGCAGCAUCGCAACAACGACCUCGCUCUCGCAGCCGAGGGGGUCCGGUUGGCUCUCACCAGCCUGGGCCGGAUCACUGGACGGGUCUGGGUGGAGGAGAUCCUGGAUAUCAUCUUCAAAGACUUCUGCAUUGGGAAAUAGUCAGUGUGUCGUCCAGUCCUCAGACAGCAGGAGCAAGAGUUCAUGUUCUUGGCUGCUGGUUCAGUCUGCUCCUGAGACACAAAAAUGUUUGUUUUCUGGUGAUGUUGUUUAACAGACUGGAAUAGUUUCAGAGUGAUGACAGGUGUCUCUAAGGCCUUGUGUGCUGGACAUUUCAUUUAAAAAUGUUUUUUUAAAGCCUUUUAUAGGUGAAGAUUGAGCUCUUGGGAUGUAACACAUGAGGCCAAGGUCAUUUAAAAGUAAGCCAGCCAAAGGCAUCUGCAAGGUCAUGGACUCAGUGUUCGGCUGUUUACUUGUAAUGCAGACAUUGAAGGAGAAUCUUUUAGGGCGGGGGCUCCGUUUCAGCUGCACUGUGUGUUUGCACCAUGCACAUGUUGUAGAUUUAUCUCAGAUUGUUGCAUAUUUUUAAUACUUUGAUUGUAUAUGUUGUAUUAUGUUUUCAGUUGGUCUAAAUGUUAACAUUUGAUCAUGUUUAAGUCGCCAUAAGGAGUACUUAACUGUUGUUAAUUCAAAAAUGUCAAAAAGGAUCUUCGAUGCAAAGGAAAUGGUAUUACUAUGGAGUCAUGUCUGUAAGGCUUUAAAACAGGCACCUCAAGCUCUUCAGUAGGUUCAUUUUCAGUGUCACAUACCACAAUAUGCACUUCACUUUUUUUUUGAAUCCUCAUCACCAAAAAAAAAAAAGUUUUACCAUGCAAUAAUUUAUUACCUGUUCUAACAAAGAUUAAGAAGAGGCCAUUUCUAACUGCACAGUUGCUGCUCUCACAUUGAGUACAAGUACAUCUGUGUAGUCUGUGUUCAAGGACCAUAAAGAAAAUGAUGUACAUGUAUGAUGUAAAGAAGCUCAGAGUGACCCAGCUCUCCUCUCUGCUCUGUGGGAAAGGAACAUUUUUGGAGGUAAAGCUCUCUGUGCCCUUUGUUCCCCUGUCAAUCUGGCCUUGAUCAAAUAUUUAUGUUUCCUCGCUGAACUCCUCAACCUUCUCCCCUGCUUGGCUAUGUCUCCUUCAGUCUCUGACGACAGUUACCCUCCUGUCCACCAGCUUAAACUGUUUGUCUGCCUUUUUUUUUUUUUGUCUCCCUCCGCUCUCUCUCUGCUACCUGACCUUUCCUUUUUCCGCACCGCUCUGUCAGCCUUUUUGUCCUCUUUCAUGUUUGCUCUGAUUAAUUACAACUGAGGGGGAGUUUAGGCUAAAAACUGGUCCAGCUGUAAUUUAAAAGCAGUAAUUUUUAGGGACUGCUUUGUCUUUGAAGUUGUGCCAGUGUGUUGUCUUCUUAUUUGUGAAAAACAACUGUGAAAAUGAAUUGGAUACUAACGGCAAAUACUUCUGAAGAAACUCACACAAUACUUUUUUUCUCAUCUAAAAGACAAUAAAUGUUAUUUAUGAUUGAUACACCACUUUAGUCCAGGCUGAAAUGGAUUCACAUUCUUACAUUUUCUACAGACAAUUAUAGUCAUCAGAGGGGGUAUCCUAGAAAGUUUCUAGUAUCUUCAUUCAUUUUCUGUUUCUGUCGCAGUUCAAUCUUUACAAUGAAAUGAUAAAUGAAACGGGUAAAUCACACUACAUGCAGAGUGUGAGUUACCUUCGUGCAGAUGGAUUAAUGCCGGAUUUUAUACGGUUACCAAAUGAUCAUCUUUAAUUAAGCUCAAUAAAUAUUGGAUGUUUUGCCAUGGUGUUUAACGACAGAUAUUAAUGCAACUCAUUGAAUAGGGUUACAUCAAAUAAAAUAUAUUAUACAGUACAUAAAAAAGUAAUUGGGAUUCUUCCCCUAGGCACCAAUAAUAUUCGUACUAGAUCUUUUUUGUCAAUCAAGGUAAUAGCUGUCGAAAAUGUUAUGUUUGAAAAAGCAUAUAUACUGUAUGUAGACUAGCUGUGCUGGAGAAAAAGCCACAAAAAAUCAGAAAAUGAAAAAAAUGUGCUAACAUAGACUUAUAAUAGAGAGUGAAUAUGAAUAAAUAAAAAUGAAAGCAAGGCCAAACAGGACCGUUUUAAGAUUGAAACAAGGUUUGAUCUGAAUAUAAUAUGAACUAUGAAUGAAAUGGAAAGAAGACUUUAAAGCUAUGAGGCACAGAUGAAUGUUUAUCACUUGUCUCACCCUUCUCUUAAUUUCACAACAUGACUUGUCGUAUUUAAUUCACUGCUGACUAAUCAGCGGCCCUUUUAGCUCUCUGUCCGUCAGUUUCCUGUGCUUUUGAUAAAUGAGAUGCACAGUGGACUUCAUCAGCUCCACCCUGAACCCAUUAAACCUAAAGUGAGGAUGUAAGUGUUAAUGUAUGUGUGACUUUGCUCGUGUCCAUUUUUGGGAUCCAAAACACUUUAGACAAAGGAUUUCCUGCAGACAGGAGGUAGACUCCGUCACCUGUAGCACUCACAUCCAUCACUACAGUGAGACCGAGAGUUAGUCAUCAUGUUUUCUUUUUAUGCACCAUGGAAAGAGUCUCAAAUAUUGGUAACGCCUAAAUCAAUGAGUGAUUUAUCCGCAUCUGAUUCAGCUUGUCUAGAAGUC